GACAUUAUGCCUAAGAUGAGGACCCAGAUUGGAGCUCUGUUUUUGUUGGCCCUGUGGGUAGUCUACUCUGAUGCUUGGUUCUGGUCCUGGACUGAUUCUACAACUUUGGCCCCAACAGUGGAACAUGAAGGGUCUGGCAGCCCAGCAGGUAGUGGAGAACCACCAUCAGAGAAUAUUGCAGGGGUUAGAGCGGAGAUAAUUGAUGAGGUACAUAUGAUCCAAAAACUUGUGCAGACUUGGGAUGAGACCACCAAGGCUCCUCAACUGACCACUAUACCUACACCAGAACUGGAGAACGUACGUGCAUCGGAAAAGGGAACAGCACGGAUUUCAUCACGCAUACUUAAACCUGGUAAUGGAACAUCAUCACUAAAUGACAGUGCAGUGUCCCUGCUACAGCUGAUUGGGGAUCCUCCACCAAAUGAGAUCACCCAGAUCUAUGGGCCUGACAACAGCCCCGGCUUUGUCUUCGGCCCCGAUGCCAACACGGGCCAGUUGGCCCGUGCCCACCUGCCGAACCCAUUCUACAGAGACUUCGCCCUCAUCUUCAACCUUAAACCCACCUCUGACAAGGGUGGCGUCAUCUUCUCUGUCACAGAUGCCUCACAGCAGAUCAUGUAUGUGGGUGUUAAACUGUCAGCCGUGCAGGGCAGCAACCAGAAUGUCAUCCUGUACUACACAGAGCCUGACUCACAGCAGUCGUAUGAGGCCGCCAGGUUCCUUGUGCCCUCUAUGAGGGAUACCUGGACUCGAUUUGCCAUCGCUGUAAGGGAUGACAAGGUGAUGUUCUACCUCAACUGUGACAUAGACCCUCAGGUGAUGCGCAUUGAGAGGUCCCCGGACGAGAUGGAGCUGGAGGCCGGUGCUGGGGUCUUUGUUGGGCAAGCUGGAGGAGCCGAUCCUGAUAAGUUUCUGGGGGUGAUCGGUGAGCUGAGGGUGGUGGGAGACCCCCGUGCUGCUGAGAGGCACUGUGAAGAGGAUGAGGAUGACUCGGAUAUGGCAUCAGGGGAAGGAAGCGCCUAUGAGGAAUCCAGAACCACAAAAUCACCCAUGGAGAAACCUAUAUGGACGACCACUCCCAAGUCUUCCCAGCCCAUUCCGCCACCUCUGACAAGGAAAGAGGAGGUUUCGAAUGUAAGAGAAACAGCAAGUGACUCCCAACACGUUUCAGUAUCUGUGGAGUCCAGGCCCGGACUUCCUGGGUCACCAGGGCCAGUUGGAACUAAAGGAGAAAAGGGCGACAAAGGGGAGAGAGGAGACAAAGGAGACAGGGGUCCAAUAGGGCCGAAGGGAGAAUCCGGCUCCAGCUCUGGCUCCAGCUCACGGGGUGGAGCCCGUGGAGAGAAGGGGGAACCAGGGGAAAAGGGAGCAAAGGGCAGUGCGGGCUUUGGCUACCAAGGAAAUAAGGGAGAACCUGGCCCUGCUGGCCCCCCUGGCCCCCCUGGCCCUCCAGGGCCCGCAACUGAGUUUUCAGUCGGCAGUGACGGCUCAGUUGCUUCAACAGUCCCGGGACCCCGAGGACCAGCUGGACCACCUGGCGCCCCGGGCCCCCAGGGACCACCAGGAGCUGAUGGAGAGCCAGGUGAUCCUGGGGAGGAUGGAAAAACGGGUGCUGAUGGACCUCCAGGCUUCCCAGGAACCCCAGGUGACCCUGGACCUAAAGGAGAGAAGGGAGACCGUGGUGAGGGUCAACCUGGACCCAGGGGACCUCCAGGACCUCCAGGACCAGGAUUCAGAUCUACUUUUGUGGACAUGGAAGGAUCAGGGUUCCCUGAUUUGGAAUCUGUUCGGGGACUGCCUGGUCUGCCCGGCCCCCCUGGUCCCCCUGGUCCUCCUGGUCCCUCUACAGCAGGCACAGCAGUGGGUUCUGGGGCGUUCGGACCACCAGGAAAGGACGGGGCGCCCGGUAAACCUGGCUUGCCUGGUUUGCCCGGUAAAGAUGGUGUCUCUGGAGUUCCUGGUCCCAAGGGAGAAAAGGGUGAUUCAGGUGAGCUGGGUUUACCUGGAGCAGUUGGACAGAAGGGAGCUCAAGGAGACUCUGGUUUACCAGGGCCUGCAGGAGAGCCCGGACUGGCUGGUCUGCCUGGACCUAUUGGACCAGUUGGGCCACCUGGGCCUCCCGGGCCUCCUGGACCGAGUUAUCGGGUUGGAUUUGAUGACAUGGAGGGCUCUAGUGGAGGUUUUACCAAUGGACUUCCUGGUAUCAGAGGACCAGAAGGAAAACAGGGUCCUCCUGGCUUGCCUGGACUUCCGGGUAAACCUGGGUUCCCGGGUAUUUUAGGUCAGAAGGGCAAUGAAGGUCCUGUAGGAAGAGAUGGGCAACCUGGAUUGGAUGGCUUCCCUGGACCUCAGGGACCAAAGGGUGAGAAAGGGGACAAAGGAGAGAGGGGUGACGCAGGUCGAGAUGGAACCGGACUCCCAGGUCCACCCGGCCCACCUGGACCACCAGGACAAAUCGUCUACCAGACAUCCGGCAGUUUUGAUGGUGGUGUUGGCAGGGUUGGGUCUCAGGGAGGACCUGGUUUACCUGGUCAAGCUGGAUUCCCUGGUCCUAUGGGACCAAAGGGUGACAGAGGAGAACCCGGCCAUCCAGGCUCUGCAGUGAAGGGUGAGAAAGGUGAGCCUGGCUUAGUGAUCGGACCGGAUGGAAAUCUUCUGUCUCUGGAUGGGCUUAGAGGUCUGAAGGGAGACAGAGGACCUCCUGGACCUGUUGGACCCCCUGGUCCGUAUGGGCCUGCAGGAUUAAAGGGUGAAAUGGGAAUGCCAGGAAGACCUGGUCGCCCUGGUGUAAAUGGAUACAAGGGUGAGAAAGGAGAGGGAGGAGCCGGCUACGGCUACCCAGGAGUCCCUGGCCAGCCAGGGCCACCUGGACCACCUGGACCCCCUGGGCCAGCUGUUCCCUUAGAUCGCUUCAAUCGCUACGAUGAAACUUCAAGGAGUUACCAAGCAAUUAAAGGGGAAAAAGGAGAGCGUGGUGAUCAAGGAAUCCCAGGAACAGCCUCUAAUUUUGACAUUUACACAUUCAAGAAUGAACUGAAGGGAGAGCGUGGAGACUCAGGUGUGAAGGGAGAAAAGGGAGAGCCUGGUGGUGGAUAUUAUGAUCCACGUUAUGGAGGAGUACAAGGCCCACCAGGGCCUCCUGGCAAACCAGGCCUGCAGGGUCCAAAAGGAGAUUCCGUAAUGGGCCCUCCUGGACCCCAGGGGCCAUCAGGACCACCAGGAAUUGGUUACGAUGGGCGCCCAGGUCCUCCAGGACCACCUGGACCUCCAGGACCCCAAGGAUCACUUCCUGAAGCACCCAAUCACUCCGUCAUUGUUCCCGGACCUCCUGGUCCUCCUGGUGCACCUGGAAGUCCUGGUGUCUCCUCUGGGGUUACAGUUUUGAGGUCAUAUGAUACAAUGGUUGCCACUGCCAGACGGCAGACAGAGGGCAGCCUCAUCUACAUCAUAGACAGAGCAGACCUCUAUUUGAGAGUACGCGAUGGACUGCGGCAAGUCAUGCUUGGAGAGUACAGUCCCUUCUUCAGAGAUCUGGAGAACGAGGUGGCAGAGGUCCAGCCUCCACCUGUGAUUCUGUACCCCCAGUCCCAGGACCAGUCCCAGUCCCACAGCAACGGAGCUGGCCAUUACUCCCAGGGAGCUUCCAUUCGACCCAUUCAGCCUCCACCACACCCCCCUGUAGACCCCAGAUACCCCCCUCACUAUGAUCCCAGAUUCCCAGAAACGAGACACACAGGUCAGACAGAUGGAAGACUGGCCACCCAGCAGACUGAGGACAGAUACCCUGUCACUCCGCAGCGACGACCCAGCCCACCUGUACUGCAACCCCAUGUGGACACAGCAGGAUCGGGACUUCAUCUCAUCGCCCUGAACGCCCCUCACACUGGUAACAUGCGAGGAAUUCGCGGGGCAGACUUCCUGUGCUUCCAGCAGGCCCGCGCUAUAGGCCUGAAGGGGACCUUCAGAGCUUUCCUGUCCUCCAAACUUCAGGACCUCUACACCAUUGUCCGCAGGUCGGACCGGGAGAGCGUGCCCAUCGUGAACCUCAAGGACCAAUUAUUGUUCAGCAGUUGGGAGUCUAUGUUCGGUGACAAUGCAAGCAAAAUGAGGGAGAAUGUACCUAUCUACUCCUUUGAUGGUAGAGACAUCCUCAGGGAUAGCGCAUGGCCAGAGAAAAUGGUCUGGCAUGGAUCAAGCAACAAAGGCCACCGGCAAACAGACCAGUACUGCGAAACAUGGCGGGCGGGCGACCGCGCUGUGACUGGUCUGGCAUCAUUACUACAGAGCGGCCACCUCCUGCAGCAAUCCUCCAGUAGCUGUUCUGGCUCCUACAUCGUCUUGUGUAUUGAGAACGCCGCGACAUCACACUCCAAAAAAUAAAUCCCGUCCAUCCUCCUUUUUUUUUUUUUCUUCUGGGCCCCAGUUAAACACAGUUUUAUUUCCCUGAUAACACGCCUCGUGAAAAUGUGGUGUUCGAUGAACUGGCCCUACGGCUCUUCCCUGGCAGAGAUGCUUUGCGUCUUCUGUUCCUCCCCACCAUGAACGCCAAAGAGACAGAGGGGUGUUGGUCCUUUUUCUCGGGGGCAUUGGCACAUAUUUUCUCCAAGGGGUGGAACGUGAGAGGAGAAGCUAAACGCGUUCUCAAAUUGUAUCCUUUUUUUUUUAUUCUGUAUAUUACAUGUUUGACAUUUGUGAUUUUAUUUUUUUUUUUUUGGAUGUUAUCAGUGUUUUACCUUUUGAACUGUUUAUAAAAAUGCUAUAUCCAUCCUGUUUGUAUUUUAGGUAUUGAUCAUUUCCACAUUUUUUUCCAAUUUCAUUUACCAAUUGUGGGUUACGACGGGGUACAGCAAACUUUAAAAGACUAUUUUAAAUUUAAAGAAGAUAAUAGAUAUUUAUUUUUAAAUGAAGUUAUGUAAGGACAAAAACAAUUUUUGGGAAAAUAAAAACAAAGCUACAUACCCACCAUUUAUAUUCACAGCUACACAGCACAGAACUUUUCAUUCUUUUCAAAACAUCUUCUAAUCAGAAACUGUGCCUUAUUACACAACCAGGACUGCUUUAAAUAAAUAAGCUCAAAUACUGAACCACUUCUUUUGUACGCAUUAUUCUACACAUAUGUAAAGGUUACAGCGUUUUUUGCUCAAAUGCAUUCAGAUGCUUUAACUUCACGCUAAAUUUAAAUGAUCUUACUGGACACAGAUACUACUGUAAUGAAAAAUCCCACAUCCUGAGGGCCAGAUUCCUUCUAGCUGAAAUUGAGCCUUUUGAAUUUGAUUAUUUCCCUUUUUGCCACUUUAGAGAAACCUAUCUGUGAGUAAGCUGGAUGUGAUUAGUUUGCUGCUAAUCUUUGCUGGAGUGAUUGCUGUCACGAGUGUUAGCAGUAUGUUAAGGAGACAGUAUUUGCUGUAGCCUUGCAUUGAAUUUCAGAGACGACCCUGGCCUUAGUGCUAUGAUGUCUUGACUGAACCUGUGGAUAUCCAUUUUUAUAACAAAUUGUGCUGUACUGUUUCUCCCAGGCACUGAAUUAAAGUCUUUUUCAACUACAA